AUGACGAGGGGUUUUAAGCAUGCCAUCCACCUGGAUGAUGUGGCCAAGAAGGAGAACAGCUCCACCCACCAAUUCGUCCACAGCUUCCCGUUGUCAGAGCCAGCCGGCUGGCUCAGCAGAUACAUCUACAUCCUGACUGUGUCCUGCUACAGUUUUCCUUUGGGUGCUAGUGGCAGUGACAUCGAAGACGUGGCUGUGGUUUGGUCCAAGUGCACCUUCUUCACCUUCUUCAGCACGUGGCCCGUCCUCUCGCUGAUUGUCAUCCGGUUGGCUGAGAGGCUACAACUACCAGUACAUCGAGGCUGUCCUGUCGUCUCACUCCUCCCCUGUUUGAUCCACAUGGACUCGGCCAUCUCCCACCACAACAAGCUGCAGACUGCUCACACCUCUCAGGACAACGACCCCAAACACACAGCCAAAGUCAUUAGGAACUAUCUUCAGUGUAAAGAAGAACAAGAAGUACUGGAAGUGAUGGUACGGCCCCCACAGAGCUCUGAUCUUAACAUCAUCGAAUGUGUCUGGGAUUACAUGAAGAGACAGAAGGGGUUGAGGAAGCCUGUAUCCACAGAAAAUCUGUGUUUAAGGACCCGCUGCCUUGAUCUUCUGGGCUUCCAGCAGUUUAUGGAAGACAGUGAAAUGACCUCUGACCUGAUGGACGAGGGAAAGGAGCUGAACCGCCAGGGUCAGUAAAACCGAGACAGCUCUUCAGAAUCGGCGACAACAUCUCCAGCACCAUCAGACUGAGAACAGGAGCUCCUCGAGGCUGUGUUCUCACCCCACUGUUGUUCGCUGUCCUGACACUGCACUGCUCUACACAGCUCCAACCACAUCAUCAGGUUCGCUCAUCAGCAACGACGACGAGUCGGCGUAC